CAGCAACUUCAUUGCCAUCAUUCAGCACAACCAUUCAGCAACAUCUAAAGGCUGGGACAGAAUUUCAGAUUUGGAAAGAAAUGAUUGCAGAGGCUGCACAUUACUACACUGCCAACUUCCCCAACAUCAGCAGCUCAUCUGAAUAUCAUGACAUUGGCAAGAAGAUGCACCAAGAAUUUCCUGCAAUUGCCCGAGAAGGAGAACAUGCAUGGUCCUUUUUCACGAAAUGCUUAAGCCAGAGGAUUCGACACAUGCGAUGGGCAUCAAAAAAGAAGACAGUGCCACCAAAACCAGCAGAGGUACAAGGAGAGAAGAGGGGACGGGAGGACACCAAUGACCAGCCCAGGAAAUCUGUCAGAGGAGCACAGCUGCACAUUUCUGGUCACAAGAGCUGUACUGAUGCAGAGUAUGAGGAACAUCUUAAGGAGCUAGCGAGUCAGUGGGACAAGGGUGAGACACGAAAUGUGAAGCACAUCAAGCUGCUGCUCAGCGAAACCUUUCGAAGGAACGAGCAGUGGAUUCGUACUCUACCGGAUUCUCAGGUUCAUCCAAUCCUUGAGAAAAUACCUUGCUAUGAAGAUGGUGCAAUGGUGAUGCAUGAUUUUCAACUCCUCCUUGGUGAGACAAAGUUUCAGGCCAUCCAAGACAACAUCAUCGUCUUCAUGGAUGCAGUAGAGAAAAUUAUGGAAUCGAAAACAGAGGAGGCCGAGCCAGAGAGGAUGAUCCCUAUAAUUUCUUACGUGGAAAAGGCAACAGCCUUUGAGAAGGGGAAGGGAAGAAAGACUAGGUCGAUCAUCACCAUGAAAGAGGACAUACCAGAUGGUGACAUCAAAAAGGAACUCCACACCCCAAGAAAUGAGCCACCGAAGCUGGUAAUCUUCACAUCAAACAACAAGCUGCAAGCAUCUUUUGUUGUAGCUGAUGGAGUCAGUAUUAUGAGUGAGAAGGGUUCUACUGCCACUGCUGCAAUCCUCUUACUCAUUGGAGUGUACUACCUAUUCGACCUGGAGUACCCAAAGACUUAUUCUCAGCUCCUUGGAACACUCCAGAACCAUGUUGUUAAGGGUGUGCCCUAUGAUGGCCAAAAGAGUGCCAAAUUCAGAAUGUUCCAAACGGCUUUGCAAAGAAAAUUAAAAGCUGUUGCUGAAAAUUAAAAGCAGUUGCAGUAGAACCCUUCUCACCUUAUUUUGUCCAUUACACAACAUGCUGCUUAAACUCAUUAGGCCAAGAAGAAAAAAACAUGUUUUCUGUUAC